AAAUGACUGGAUGUUUAUGGGGGAUGCGGUCUAUCCUGGCAAAUGGACAAUUUUAGAUGAAACUUUGGAAUAUUGGGUGGAGGAAAAGUAAGCAGUCAGUGAGGUACAAACUUGAAGUGACCUUGAAGGAAAAAAAAAUGUCGUUGAGAACAAUCGUCAAACAUCUUCCGUGCCAACUUCUUCGACGAGCCAUUGCUACUGGUAUCUCCUCUAACCCUUCUCUAUCUCAAUCAGUUCCACUACAAAACCAAACAAGCCAACGACAACCAUCACAAGAGCAACGAGAGCAGGAUCCUUCUGCGCUCCUGAAAGAGGACCCAAUUCAAAUCUGCUCUGAUCUCUGGGUCAAAACCUUCUCUGAUCAAACCCAUAAACCAUUCACCAACCUCACUGGGUUCCUCAAAAAAUUCGACUUAUGGGUAUUAGCCUAUCAACGCUCUUGCGCCCACGAGACAGGUUCUUUCCCCCCUCGAAAUGCAAUCCACUCUAACGUUCUUUACAAUCUUCUAUCACUCCGUAAUGCUGUUUUAAAUGGGCAAUUUGUUUGGGGCAUGAAGACUCACCUCUUCAUUCGCUCCCCCAAUGACAAGCCCCUCACCAAAUUGAUCUCCAAGCGUAAGCUUCAAGCGAUUUUAGACUCUGAUAAGCCCGUGUUUCAGGACCGGAUUGUUCAGGAGGUCUUGUUAUUGAUUUUGGAGCCUGUCUUUGAGCCCCGUUUCUCCACAAGAUCCCAUGCAUUUCGUCCUGGUCGGAAUGCUCAUACAGUUAUUAGGACAAUUCGCAGCAAUUUUGCUGGGUAUUUAUGGUUUUUGAGAGGGGACUUGAGCGGCAUAUUUUUUGACUUCCAUAUGGAUGUGUUGAUGGAAUGCUUGCAGAAGGCCAUCAAGGAUAAAAAGAUUUUGGGUUUAAUAAAAUCAGCGUUCCAGGCACCAGUAAAGGAUAAAUGUCAAGAUGGAAAGAAUGGUUUGAAGAAGAAGAAAAAAAAGGGAAAAGGGACUAAGAAGAAAAUUUUGAAUGAGAAUGAGCCAAAACCAGAUCCAUACUGGUUGCGAACCUUCUUCAACUUUGCUCCUGAGGAAGCUGCAAAGGUCCCUUCCUAUGGUCACUGUGGAAUUCUAAGUCCUCUACUUGUCAACAUAUGCCUGAAUGAACUAGAUCAUUUCAUGGAAGAAAAGAUAGUUGAGUUCUUCCGCCCAUCUAAGCUUGAUUCGAUAUGGAAAGAUGUUGAUAAUGAUGGUUGCCAUAACCCCUCUUGGCCAGAGUUUGUUCCAACAAGUGGAAGGGAGAAAACACGAAAAAUGGAUUACAUUCGAUACGGGGCCCAUUUCUUGAUUGGCAUCCGAGGACCUAGAGAGGAUGCUGUGGAAAUCAGGAAGAAUUUGAUUGGAUUUUGUGAGUGCAAAUAUGGGCUAAGGUUGGAUAAUUCAAAGGUGGAGAUAGAGCACAUUUCCAGGGGAAUUCAGUUCUUGGACCACAUAAUUUGUCGUCGAAUGAUACACCCAACAUUGCGUUACACAGCAACUGGAGGGAAUAUUGUGAGUGAGAAGGGUAUUGGGACAUUGCUUUCUGUUACUGCUAGCUUACAAAAUUGUAUUCGCCAAUUCAGGAAGCUCGAUUUUGUCAAGGGUGAUAGAGAUCCUGAACCACUGCCAUGCACUCCGAUGCUCUAUGCAAGCCAAGCUCAUAGCAAUUCCCAGAUGAAUAAGUUUCUUGAGACCAUGGCUGAUUGGUACAGAUAUGCAGACAACCGCAAGAAAGUGGUUGGGUUUUGUGCUUAUGUUAUACGGAGCUCUUUGGCUAAACUCUAUGCUGCUAGGUAUAGGUUAAAGUCACGUGCCAAAGUAUACAAGAUUGCCUCACGUGAUCUUAGCCGCCCUCUGAGAGAGAGUACUAACAAUUCAGCACCAGAGUAUUCAGAUCUUUUGAGGAUGGGACUUGUUGAUGCCAUAGAUGCUGUUCAGUUCUCUCACAUGUCCUUGAUUCCUUCAUGCGAUUACACACCAUUUCCCAGGAAUUGGGUCCCAGAUCAUGAGCGGCUGUUGCAUGAGUAUAUCAGAUUACAGGAUCCUAGAUUCUUCUGCAAAUUGCAUAGAUCAGUGAAACAUGAAGGUUUGAGUUUGCCUCAAGAUAAGAUAUCCGAUAUAGUCUGGGACUACAAGACUCGUGGAGUACGGGGCUGCCAACUCCAUAAUGAUGAAACCAUUAAUCAAAAUGAAAUCUGUAGUGUGAGUGGAGGUGAUAGUAGAAUUUCAGUGCUUGGUUGAGAUGGUUCUUAUCAGAUUUGAUUCCUCUUUAUUGCUACCCUCUGGGAGUUAAAUUCAGAAAGAAAACUAUACAGGCGUGUACUUGUUUGUGGACAAUUGACUUUAUGGAGGAGGAGGAGGUGGUGCCCUGCUCAAAAUGAUACUGAUAUUGUUUGCACACACAGAUCACAUACAUGAAACAUGCUCUAUCAGAAUUGCUAAGAUAAAGCUGCUUUUGGAUGUAUGUCAUACAUUGUUUUCUCCUUCUCGGUGAAUGAUCUUUACUUAUUCUUCUUGAAUGGUUUCACUUUUUUUUAUCACUUGGAGAAUAAAUUGCUCUAACUUUGGGUUGUUUUUCAUUCUGUUUUUUCAUGUAUUAUUUGCUCCCAUGUAUUUAUUAGUUAUAGCCAAUUAUCAGGGUAAACAUAUCAUGGUCAAUCUCAUGUGCAUAUCUGUAAUUAUUCUCUUAAUCUUCCUGUCCUUUCAACUAUUCAGUUUAUACAGUUGAAUGUUUUUGGCAAUGAACAGCAUCCAUUAUG